AUGUUUAGAGCUACUACGAGACUCAUGCGCCCAUUCGGCAAGAGGCUGCUCGAGGAGCCACAUCCAUUCUUCAUCUACCCAAAGACAGUGAAGGCACAACCAGUUCAACUAAAAUUCUACACAACAAGAUUAGCACGUGCCGCUUCAAUGUAUCUUCCCAUGUACGUUGUCUUUUUCGGUUGGCCAUUUGCAGCUCAGGCUCUUGUUACUGCAACCGGUGGACCAUAG